AUGACUUUAACUAAAAACUCACAAUACAAAUUAUCAAACAACAAACAAAUCCCAGUGAUUGGAUACGGUACAUAUCAAAUCCCACCAGAAUCUGCCCAAUCCUGUACAUACCACGCCUUGAAAACUGGAUUUCGUCAUAUAGAUUGUGCUCAAAGAUAUGGUAACGAAGCUCAAGUUGUCCAAGGUAUUGUCCAGUUCUUGCAAGAGAACCCAAAUGUCUCCAGGGAGGAAAUUUUCUACACUUCCAAGAUUGAUACACCAAACCAUGGGUAUGAAAUCACCAAGAAGUCGUUGGAUUUAAGUUUGAGUAGUGCUAAAGAGUUGGGAUAUAUUGAUUUAGUACUCAUUCAUGAUCCGCUGAGUGAUAAAAGAGGUCGUUUAUCAACAUGGAUGGCGCUACAAGAGUAUUAUAAAGCCGGUAAAGUGAAGGCUAUUGGUGUUUCUAACUAUGGAUUACCACAUUUGAAAGAAUUGUAUGAAAGUGAAGUAUUGGAGGUUAAACCACAAGUUCAUCAGAUUAGUAUUAAUCCAUGGUUGUAUCGUGAGGAAUUGAUUAAAUUUUCACAGGAUCAUGGGAUGUUGGUUGAAGCAUAUUCUCCAUUAACUAGAGGUUUGAAAUUUGAUGAUGAAGAAUUGGUUGAGAUUGCUAAGAAAUAUAAUGCAACACCUGUGCAAAUAUUGGUUAAAUGGAGUUUACAAAUGGGGUUAUUACCAUUAACUAAAACUUUGGAUCCAAUUGCUAAAGGUGAGGAAAUCUUGGGUGCUUUUGAUGUUAAAGAAUUGAGUAAACAAGAUUUAGACAAAUUGACUCAUAAAGAUGAUUACUUCUUGCCACAACCACAAUUUGAUCCACCUGCUGAUACUGAACAUUUGGGUGCAAAGAAUGGUUGA